AUGGUAGAACCUAAACAAGAAGAAAAAUCAACCAACGCCUCAUUUAUAACUCCAAUUUCAGAGUUACAAUAUAGAUCUUUUCCGAAAACCGCAGCUUGCUUAGUGAUUGGUGAUGAAAUUCUUAAUGGAAAAACUGCAGAUACUAACUCUGGUUUUUUUGCUAAAUUUUGUUUCAACCUUGGAAUUGAUUUAAAAAGAAUUGAAGUCAUUCCAGAUGAGGAAGAAGUGAUAAUUGAAUCCGUAAGGCGACUCAGCAGUGAUUUUGAUUUUGUAGUUACUAGUGGCGGCAUAGGUUCAACUCAUGAUGAUAUAACGUAUUCAUCGAUUGCUCGUGCAUUUAAUCUUUCAUUAAAUUAUCACCAACCAACAAUUGAUCGAAUGGCGGAAGCUAUAAGAAACACACCUCAAUUGAAAAUGCUUAGGAAUGAAACUAAGGAAGCUGUAGAAGCACGUAAACGAAUGGCUUUAUUUCCACAACCAUCAUUGGUUGUUUUUCCUAAUGAAAAACUUUGGGUUCCAAUAGUUAUUGUAAAUGACAAUGUUCAUAUUUUACCCGGUAUUCCAAAUUUAUUUAGAGGAUUGUUAUCGGGAUAUAGCAAGUAUCUUAAUGGAGGUAAAAAAUUUGUAAGAAGGUUCAUUAAAACUUAUCAGCCUGAAUCAUUUAUCGCACCUGUUUUAACCGAAUUUCAAGAGAAAUUAAAAGAUUUCGGAAUAAAAAUUGGUAGUUACCCAAAAUUGGCUAGGAAUAAGGCAUGGGUUGUGGUGAGCCUUUUAGCUAGAGAAACUAAUUCGCAAGUUGUUGAAAACAUUGAAAAGAUAGCAAAAGAAAUAGCAGAAAAAAUUGACGGUUUUAUUAUUGAAGAUUCUGAAGACGAAAUUAUCGUAUUCGAAAAAACUAAAAAUAGUAGCAAGCUUUAA